AUUUUUAUCAGUCGAACAUUGGACUUAGUAUCGUUCGCACCUAAAAAGACGCAUAGGAAAAAGCCAUAUCUAGUCCAUGUCAAAUAUUCCACAUCAUAAAAAAUCCAUACAGUGCGUGCGUAGAAAAAGAAAGACGAAGUAAUAUAUAAGCAAAGCAUAUUUUUUGUUCGAAAAAUCAUAUCGAUUCAACAUUUUGUGAAUAAAAUGAAAAUUCAAUGAAUAGCUUUAAUUAAAUUUAGUAAAAAUACAAAAAGUGAGUGUUAUAAGUUCGAUAAAUUUACGAAAUAAAAUGUAGAAGUCUAUUGUGCAACCAAAAGUGAGAUUAAUCAAAUUAAUUAAAAACGUUAGUUGUAAGUGAGAGAGCUAAAAAUGGCUGAACAACAGAGACAAUCGUUGUGUCCUCGUCUUAUCGACUAUUUGGCUAUUGUUGGUUCACGAUCCACAAACAUCAAACAUUCAGGCAAUGGACAAAAUCCACCAGUUCAGAUACCGGAGCUCUUGCGUCGUUAUCCGCCAUACGACCAUGCUGAUUUUCCGAUGCCAUUGGAUAUGGUGUAUUUUUGUCAACCUGAGGGAUGUAUGUCGGUCGGUCCUCGUCGAACUGGUACAGCUAUUCGUGAAGCAACAAGCUUUGUGUUCACAUUAACCGAUAAGGACUCGGGUAAAACAAGAUACGGUGUUUGUGUGAAUUUUUAUCGACCGGUCGAACGAUACAUUGGUGGUCAUGGUCCUCAAAGCGCAGCGAGCAGUACACUGGCGAAAAGAGCAAGAAAUUCUGCGUUGCGCCGUGAAAGUUGGCGCAAAAGCAUGGAAAAAAGUUCCGAUUCAGCAUUUUCCAGCGACUACAGGAGUAAUAUAGCACCAAGUGAUUCAGACCGUGAUUGUUCAAGUAGCCGACGUGAUUCGGAUACAUUAUCAAAUCGACAUCAUGCCCCUGGCACGUAUGCGCCAUUACAUCAAACGCCUCGAUUGGGAAUCACAGCGCCAAGUGCCGAUUCCGAAUCGGACCAUUCACCAUCGCCACGUUCAUCGCGACGACGAACCAAAAUACGAAAUCAUUCCUUAACUUCGUUGUGCCUCUUGUCUCAUCAUCCAUUCUUCAGUACAUUUCGUGAAUGUUUGUUUAUCCUAAAGAAGUUGAUCGAUGCAUGCAACGAAGCUGCCAGUCCCAAGAGUGUCGGUGCAUCGCGACAAAGUCCCAGAGAGAAUAUUUGGUCGAUAUUAAGCAGCCAGUCAACGGAUCAUACACCGUCAAUAGCAUUGCACGAUGUCAAAGAAAUUGAGACGUGGAUUUUAAGACUGUUAUCAGCACCGGUGCCGGUGCCAGGCUCGACCCGCAUUGAAUGCGAACUUUUAUCAUCUAGCAUACAUGAUUCACUCUUAUUUGCUUUGCCUGAUCACACUCGUUUUUCAUUAGUCGAUUUUCCGCUUCAUCUGCCGCUCGAGUUGCUUGGUGUUGAUACAUGUUUAAAAAUCCUCACGUUGAUUCUGCUCGAGAAUAAGGUUUUAUUUCAAUCAAGAGACUAUAAUGCGUUAUCAAUGUCUGUCAUAUCAUUCGUAACAAUGAUCUAUCCACUUGAGUACAUGUUUCCGGUCAUUCCGUUGUUACCUACUUGUAUGUCCUGUGCCGAACAAUUGCUGUUGGCUCCAACACCAUUUGUAAUUGGCAUUCCCGCAUCAUUUCUUAUGUACAAAAAGAAUUUCAGAUUGCCCGAUGACAUUUGGCUGGUUGAUCUCGAUUCGAAUAAACUUUCGCCGCCGACCGGAACAAAUGAAGAAAUUUCACAAAUCCCUUUGCUGCCCGAGCCAGAAGGUACCAUUUUGAAGAAUCAUCUGAAACAGGCUUUGCAGCUAAUGGAUCAUGCUGGAGCGGGUGCAUUAAGUUCGAUGUCGCCGAACAAUCAAAAUGCAUUUGCUGCACCAAUUAUGACUUCGGCCAGAGAUAGUUUGGUGUCACCGCAGAUCUUGAGCCCUCGAUUAUCAAUACAAGAGGGGCUCGCAUCAAAUAACUCGAGUCAGCGUCCAUCGAUAUCAUCGCAAGGAACUCCUCGAAUCCUGAGUCCGGCCAAUCAACUGCCACCAUCAAUGAACCCCUUCAUUUAUGGCAGUGACGUUGAUUCGGUCGACGUAGCGACGCGUGUUGCCAUGGUCCGAUUUUUCAACUCUCAAAAUACCCUGGCCAAUUUUACCGAGCAUACUCGCACUUUGAGAUUGUAUCCACGCCCGGUGGUUGCAUUUCAAAUAAACAGUUUUUUGCGAUCCCGGCCAAGAGCUUCGAAUUUUCUGAAUCGAUUUGCUCGUACACAGGCGGUUGAAUUUUUAGCUGAAUGGUCAUUGACACCCACAAAUGUUGCAUUCCUUAGAGUACAAACUGGUUUACUUGAUCCCACGCAAAUUGGUGACAAAUCGAAAUGGUUUGCUCACGUAUUGACACCAAUAAGAUUUUCAGUAUGGGAUGAUAAUAGCUCAAUAAAUACAGCACUGAAAAACUUACAACAAUUAGAGAAUCAACCAACCGAUGAAAGUGGUUCGGAUUCAGAGGGUGCGGAAAGUACAAGUUCAUCGUAUUCAUCGUUAAGUGAUUUCGUUUCUGAAAUGCAAUCAUCCGAUUUAUCGCCCAGCAUUAGUGAUAUUUAUGGCUCGCAUUCACAUCAACAUUAUCAUCCGCAAACACUAUCAUCGAAUUUAGAUACAAAACUGGUGUACAGACCACCAAGUUCAUUACGUUUUCCAGAAGGCAUGGAACCACGCGGUGAAACAAAUGAUUCUCGACCCCAUUCCCCACAAUCAGAUGACUCUUCGAGUGAAUCAGAUAAUUCACUAAGUUUAAAUCAAGACUCGGAUUUUGACUUUGCCACCCAAACAAAAGAUAUAAGCGAAGCAGAACCAAGUCGUGAUAAUAUUUUGGCAAUGGCACCAACUGGAGCCAGCAGCUUUGAAAAUGAAUCCGAUUCAAAUUCAACAGUAACAACAAAAACUAUGUUACCAUCACCCAAAGAGACUGCGUCAAAUGAAAGCUUGGAUAAGAAAGGACGAAUGCCUCCAAAACCGAUUUCACCGUUGAGUUCAUCAUUAACGCGUCAACCAAGUGUUGGCAAUGUAUUGGCACGAACAUCUAGUUCGGGGUCGGGUAGCGUAGGAAGUCCACACCCUUCAUUAGGUUCAGCCAGUUCGAAUCGUCAAAGUUCACAAGGAUCGCUUUUUGAACAGUUUGCAACACAGGCCAAGGAAUUGGUUAAAGAAACCAAGCGGCAAAGUAGCCAAGAUGGACUAUUGGCUCAUGUUGACAAAUUAAAAACUCAAGCCAAGGAAAAGUUUGUUGAAGAAGAAGCAAAAUUGUUGGCUCCAUUUGAGCAGUUAACGUUGCAAGCCAAGAAAGCGGCUGAAGAUGCAUCGAAACAGGCGUUACAAGCGUCGAAGCAUGCAGCAGAUGCAAGCAAAAAUACAUUUGAAGACUUGACGUACGUGGGUAAAUCGACGAUUGGCGAUUUAACGAAAACGGCCAAAGAAGCAGCCACAAAGAAAGGUCUUAUGAAAGGAGAGAAUAACGCUCAAUCGCAAAAACAAUAUUCACCACCUUCGUCGAUGCAACACCAUCAACAACAACAGCAUCAUCAACAAUCACAACCAACCGGUAAUGCGCUUGUCGCACAUUCUGGUGGUCGUGACUUCUUCUCAACGUUUAGCAGUGAAAUUAAUGGAAUCGCUUCAUCGACGUCUUCUAUGUUUUCUGAUUUAUUCGGAAAAAAACAAAACAACCAGAAAAAUUCGAAUCAACAGCAACAACAAAAGAGUACAAAAGAAAAAUUGUUGCCUUUUGAUUCGUUUCCUGGUCGUAAGGCAUUGGUGGAGCGCACUCCAUUAAUUAAACAUGCUGGACCAAAACAGACACAAGAAGAACUUCAGCGUCAACAAAAUGCGGAGCGAUCGUCAAGCAAUUCGGAGAAUCAAGCAUUUUUGAAAGAUGUAUGUGCCCAAGUGUUAAUGGGCGAAGGUGUUGGAUGGUUGAAAUUGAAUCGAUUAAGAAAAUUAAUGGAAGAUGAAUCAUAUCGAAUGUUGGUGUUGAGCAAAUUGAAUCGAACACUCGAUAAGAAAAUUGCACCCGAUGAUCAUAUCGAUGAUGUGUGUAUACCGAAACCAGUGUGGCGUGGAAUGCUCAAGUGCUUGCAAGCUUUGUCACACGGUUUGGAGGUGACUUAUGCUAAUUUCGGCUUGGGUGGCAUGGCUUCAGUGUUUCAAGUCAUGGAAAUCGCUCACACUCACUAUUGGAGCAAGGAUCUGGCUGAAGGAAGCGAACAUGCAUCAACGUCAUUGCUAUCGAGUCAGACUGUCAGUCCGUUGGGAAGCCAUGAAAAUCUGCAUUCACCGCAAAGCCCCGAAAGUCAACGGAACGAUUUGUCUCGCAAAAAUUCAUUGUUGACCGAUUCGGCAAUGAAUCGCCGUAUUCCGUUGCACGAAGAAGCCCAAGACCAAAAGCAAUCUACGUCAGACAUGUUCAAGGAUAUGUUGUCGCAAAAACGAAACAUGAUAAUGAGCAAACUCACGUCAUUCGAAUCAGAUGCCACGGUGCAUGGUUCAUCUGGAGUAUUAUCUGUUGCAAGCGAUGCACAAAUUUCCCAUGCAGUCAGCGGCGGCGGUGGUCACAUAUCAUCGAUACCAUCGAUAUCAUGCCGUUCGACCGUCUCCGAUACCGAAUACGAAAAUUACCCAAAGCACAUGAAUGUGCCAAAGGAGAGCAAAAGUCGCUCAAGCAGCAUUUUUUCGGGUAAAUCAAAUUUAUCACUUGGUUUUCGUUGUACUGGUGGUCAAUUAAUUAAUUCAACAUCUCCCUCACCAGAUGCACCACGUGUUUAUCUCUACGAAGGAAUGCUUGGAAAAGAAAGAUCGAAUCUGUGGGAUCAGAUGCAAUUCUGGGAAGACGCCUUUUUGGAUGCGGUGAGUCAAGAGCGUGAAAUGAUUGGAAUGGAUCAGGGCCCAAGUGAAAUGAUGGAACGUUAUAAAUCACUGAGCGAUUCGGAGCGCAAACGAUUGGAGCACGAUGAAGAUCGUUUACUUUCAACGAUGUUGUUCAAUGUCACCGCUCAACUUGUCAUGUUGAAUGUUAACAAAGAGGAAAUUAAACGAAAAGUGCGUCGUUUAUUGGGCAAAAGUCACAUUGGUUUAGUGUAUUCGCAAGAAGUACACGAUCUGCUCGAUCAAAUUACAAAUUUGAGUGGAAAUGAUAUCGAUCUCAAACCGCUUGGUUCCCGUAUGUUGCAUCGCCAGAGUUUCACCGUAAAUCAAGGCGUUGAUGCAACCGGACCAUUACGUUUUAUGGAAGUCCGUGAUGAUGGUUUAGUGCUUCGUUCUGUAAAUGGUGCCAUCGUUGAGCGAUGGUGGUAUGAACGACUCGUAAAUAUGACAUUCUCACCAAAAACAAAAGUUCUGUGUUUGUGGCGUAAAAACGGCGAACAAAUACAGUUACAUAAAUACUACACACGAAAGUGCAAAGAGUUAUACUAUUGUAUAAAUGCGUCAAUGCAACGUCGUGGAAUUCCGGAAAAUUGUCAACAGUUGGGCGGUGAAUUUCCCGUCCAAGAUUUGGCAACGGGUGAAGGAGGUCUAUUACAAGUUUGUCUUGAAGGUGUUGGUUUGCUAUUUGCAAAUAGCAAGGAUUUCGAGUUUUUCGUACGAUUGGAGAAUAUUCGGCGGUGUUUUACUCAAAAGGGUGGCAUUUUCAUUUUAGAAGAAUCGAAUCCAAAAACCAAACAGCUAAUCCAACGAAAAUACAUGUCGUCAAUGGCCGAUCAAAUUGCAUAUUCGGUACUGUGCGUCUUUUCGUGGGUUGCCGCCAGACCUGAGCAGAAGAAAGUUUUGAAUCCACAAAAAGUAUUCGAACAACCAAAGCAACCAAUUCCGAGUAUACCAUCACCACAAAUUGCUGUAAAUAAACCACCAUCCCAGCCAGCACCGAGUAAUAAUGUUCCGGUUAAAACUAUACAAUCUCAAGUGAAACCACAAAUUGUAAAUAUCGCACCUCAAAGGCCGACAACAGCCGUUUCAACUGUUCAGCCUCAAACAAAUACAAUACAAAGUUCCAUAACGCAAUCCAUAUCAAAUGUAACCUCAGCAAUUCUCCAACGAACAUCGAGCAUCACCUCAAAAACAACGACGACCACAUCAUCGUCAACGACCACCGCAGAGCAAGCCAAAGGUAAACUUCCACAAAUACCACCGAGACAGGGGUCGGUAGCACAACGCGGGCCACCGCCAGCCAUUCCUCCAAGAAAUAAUGUACCUGCGCAACCAAUACGGUCCGCAUCAAUUCAAGUAACAACAUCCGCUCCAUUGAAUCGACCAGCAUUGGCACGACAAACAUCGGCCAAUUCAAUACCACAGCCGCAAUGUACACGGCAACCGGCUCCAAAGUUUGUGAUUCCACAACGACAAAACUCACGCACAUCAUUGCAUCGAUCCGGCUCAAUAAGUGGACCAUCAUCAUCGUCAGACUAAGGCGCUUAAUUGUCACUUGAAGUUUUACCGAAGAAGGAGUAGAAGAAGAAGAAUAAAUACAAUAAAAAUAUUCUAUUUAAAUAAUAGACAGAAAUAAAUAGCAAUAUAUUUACAUGGUUGAGUAAUUUUGUUGUUUUAGCAUUCGAUAGUUUUAGCUUUAAGUAAUACUGUAUACAUUUAUUCCAGGUGAAUGAAGGUGCGUUAUUAUAAAUACUAUUAUCAAUAAAACGUUGUAUCAAUAAACGUAGAGUACGAAAAUUAUGAUUUAGAAUAAGAUAUGUCAAGUGAAUUAAGCGAAACUUUCAAAGAGUGAGGAUUUUCAGUUAAUGUGAUUUAUUUUGCCAAUUUCAUUUCAUCAGCUUUUAUUCAGAUUUCAAACCCAACGGGGAAAGAAUAAUCAAAUAUUUUGCGAGCUCCUUUGAAGUAGAUAGUUGUUUGGUUAAUCAGAUUCUUCUAACAACGCAACGACCAAGUGAGAGAAAACAUGUAUUUUGAAAAGGACUGCAAGAAGUUGUGGCCACUAUAGUUAUAACAUCACAUUUAAUGUGCUCAACUUCUGAAUAUACAAAUACACAUAAAUUGAAUCUAAAAUUGUUAUCUGAAUUGAAAUAUGUUUAUUCAAAAUAUUAUUAAAAAAAAUAUAUCAAAUAAAAUC